AGUCAGGUGAUACUGGUUCAUAAAUCAGAACUUCAUUUUAUCCACUAACACAAAAGUAAAUAUAUUUCAAUAACUAAAAUGGCUUCAAAUUUUGAGAGUUCAAUCCAUAGAGGAUCAGAUUUUUUUUUCUGACUUUUCUUGUUUCACUUGCCUGGGAAAUGACAGAAACACAGAGGCUGAAUUUUACUGCAAGGACUGUUCUAAGGUUUAUUGUGGCAAAUGUUUGGAGUACCAUAAAUUUCUAUACCAGAAGCAUGCAACUUUGGACAAGAAAAACAUCAGCAAGUGGCCUGUUUCCAAUGCAAAAUAUGAUGUACUAGAGCAAUGUCAGCUGCACAAGGACAAGAAAUUGGAAACAUUCUGUGAGGACCACAGCGAGCUGAUGUGCACUGUCUGUCAUGUCUACAAUCAUAAGAAAUGCAGCCAUGUUGUACUCAUAGCUGAUAAAGUGAAAAACCUGCACCAGAGAGGGGAGUUCAAGCAGUUGUCAGCAACUCUCGGUAUUCUACAUGAACAGUUGAUUAAGAAGAAAGAUGACUUUGAAGAAAGUUUGCAGUACUUGGAGAAAUCCUACACGAAAAUUCUGGAAGAAAUAAAUGCUUUACGCAAGACAAUCAAUGACUCUUUGGAUCAACUGGAGAGGAACACCAUGAAGGAAUUAGACACUCUUCUGGCUAGACUGAGGACAUUUAUUCAAACUGAUAAUGAAAACUGCAAUGAGUCUUUAAAAAAGAUGACAACUGCGAAAGAAGAUCGGCUAAACAUAAAAGGCAAAAGUGAAGCAAUCCAAAUGAAUUGUUACAGAAAAUGCCUGGACUUGUCUGUCAAGACAAAUUCAUUUUUUUAAAGAAAUGACAGUAAAAAAUGAUAUGACACUGAGCUUUACUCCUGAUACAACGAUCCAACAAACCCUGUCCACAAUUUCAGGACUGGGACAAAUACUCAUCCAAUAAAACAGAGUAACCAUAGUGACAAAAUUUUAAGCAUGUUACACACUACCAAGCCAAAAUGAUCGUGAAAAUCAAACAAAUGAUAACACGCAAGGUUUGGUUUCUAGUCCAGUAUCAGGAACACCCAGACAAGCUGACAUAGCUAACAUAACUAACGUUCUUAACAAGCCAGAUCCGACUUCCAAUCAAAUACCAGUAGUACCUAAACAUGGUGAUGUUGCAUACCAAACAACUGCUGUUCACAAGCCAGAUCAUGUUUCCUAUCCAAUAUCCAAUUCAUCUACACAACCUAACAUUACAAGUGAUGUGAACAAGCCAGGUCAGAUGUCUGAUACAGUAACAAGUUCAUCACCCCAGUAUCUCCAUGCAUAUCAACCAAGUGAAUUCAGAGAGCCUGAUCCUAACCAAGUCAUCAGAGUGAAAAGUAGUAAGAUGUAUAGAGUGAAGAUUGAGACGGAUUCAUACACGUGCUCGAUAUCAGGUAUCUGUGUGACAGCUUCUGGAGAACUCAUCAUCGCAGACAAGGAUAACAAAAAAGUUAAGCUGCUGGAUCAGACCUACAAGGCGGUGGCCCACUGUGACUUGUCUAAUGUACCAUACUCCAUGUGCAGCAUUGACUCCAGUCAGGUGGCUGUUGCUCUAUAUAAUAGCGUUCACUUCAUCAGAGUGACCAAUGGUAAGCUGGUGCAGGAAAGGACACUGAAGCCCCAACAUGCCUGCAAGGGUAUUGCCCAUCACCAGGGCAACUUGUACUUUACGUCAGGCACAGCCCUGUACCACUACAAUGUGGAUGGAACACUGGUGAGCGAGAUGUAUGAAGGUACAACACCCCGUCUUAACUCCCGUACCACAGUAACAUCCUGUGCAGUGAGUCCAGAUGGAGACAGGAUAUAUGUGCUCAACUGGGAAAGUGGCCAACUGGUCACACUGUCCAGGGAUGGCAAAGUGAUAUCUAAACUCACUGACCCUGCACUGACUAUUGGAAGGAUAUCCAUUUUAUAUAUAAGUAUCUCAUCUUGCCUCCAUGUGCAUACUCUGGACAAGUUUUGGUAUGUGGAGCCUAUACAGAUACAAUCCUUCAGGUGGACAGAGAUGGGAGACAGAGACUUGCAGAAGUGGUCACACAGAAUGAUGGUGUGAUAAGACCAGAAUCUGUCUACUACAGUCAAAAGACUGGAAUUCUCAUUGUGGGAAUACAAAAUGACAUUAUGGUGUUUAGCACACAUUGACACAUUGAAUUGUUGAUACAUAAAAUUUUUAAUGUAUAUUUUAUACAUCAGUCAUUUUGAAUUAGGAUAACAGGCAUAUUGACUGUUUGGUAUCAGGAAAAUAUUAAUAUGAUUGCCAUAAAAAUAAGUUUUUUGUUACAAUAUAAUACUGAAGUUUUAAAAUAGAAUAUGCUCACAUACUAAUUUGGUUAAGAGAAGCUUUGUUUGAUGUUUGUUUUUUAGUUGUGUAAUAUGAUGGCAGCAAGUAAACCAAUUCACAUUCUCCUGGGUAAGCAGCUUUACCAUUUCUAAGUUCACAUGCCUAUGCUGCUAACAGACAACUGCCCUUCUUGAAUCAGAGGUAGAGGGAGAAUGGCCAUAGAAAAGAUUUCAUGACAAAUCCUCUAACUAGUUAUGUGACCUUGCUAAAGUUUGACCCAACCACCCAAGCACAAAUAUCGGAAUAGUGCAGCGGAGAAAAAUGUGGACAUUUUACUUAAAUUUGAAAAUUGUUGUUGUUUAUAUAAAAAGUGUUACACAUUAAUUAUAUUUACUAAGAUCAACUAAUACAGCUGCAUAAGGAGAGGUUAAGAUUUAAUAUUUUUUAAUUUAUUAUUUUCUUUUCUUCUUUUUUUUUGAACCUUCAUUUGGGCAAGUCAUUUGUAAAAACAUAUGUACUUUUCAAGACUUAAAAUGGGGCCAAAUUUCGGAAAAAAAAUGACCCAAACAAAACCAACACUGACUUUUCAAUAUUUACAAUAAAUUUUAUACAUGGAAAUGCCUGUCUAUAUAUCUCAAAGAUUUGUGUGAAUUACUAGACAAAUAGAGAAGGUAGAGUUCAGUUGAACUUCUGAUGACAAAGCCAACAACUAUAUCUUAUUAAUUAAAAUUAUCAAACUAAUAAUGUUGUUGUCGUUCUUCUACCAAUAGAUCUUGUUUACAUUACUUACAGCAAACAGUUUCAUGAGAGCCUCCUGUGAAGGUUUCCUGGUCUCUGCUUUCUGUGAGUCAUCCACCUCAUAUCCCUGCUUGGCCCACUGGUCAAAAUGUGCCGUUAACAGGCCUGUACGCCAUAGCAACUCCUGUACAGGCAUCAAGUUUGCAGAGUUAAGAGCAUACAUUAUUUCUUAACAUACAUUUUUAAGAAUAUAUCUAAAAUAAUGAGUAUAUAUAUAUUUUUCUGCUCAAACUUAACUCUCAUUGUUUUUUUUAAAGCUCAGUUGUUUAAACUUACCACCUCAUAACUUUAAUCAUGCUCAUAUGAAUCUCAUAGAACUUCCACAUGUAAUAAACACAAACAUACAGACAUACAUACUUCAGUUCUCACCAAUUUAAUCUGUGUUCACCAAAUAUUGACUCUUCCAUGUACAGUUCACACUAACCUCAUAUUGACUAUUUUCUGUGUUCAGUUCACACUCCCCUCAUAUUGACUCUUUUCUGUGUUCAGUUAGCAUUCACCUCAUACUGACUUUUUUCUGUGUUCAACCUCAUAUUUACUCUUUUCUGUGUUCAGUUCACAUUCAGCUCAUACUGACUCUUUACUGUGUUUGGUACACUCUCACCUCAUACUGACUCUUAACUUUUCUGUGUUCAGUUAACACACACCUCAUACUGACGCUUUUCUGUGUUCAGUUCACACUCAACUCAUACCGACUCUUUUCUGUGUUCAGUUCACACUCACCUCAUACUGACUCUUCCGUAUUCAGUUUACACUAACCUCAUACCGACUCUUUUCCGUAUUCAGUUCACAGUAACCUCAUACUAACUCUGUUCUGUGUUCAGAUCACAAUCACCUCAUACUGACUCUUUUCUGUGUUCAGAUCACACUCACCUCAUACCGACUCUUUUCCGUAUUCAGUUCACACUAACCUCAUACUAACUCUUUUUUGUGUUCAGAUCACACCUCAUACUGACUCUUUUCUGUGUUCAGGUCACACUAACCUCAUACUAACUCUGUUCUGUGUUCAGAUCACAUUCACCUCAUACUGACUCUUUUCUGUGUUCAGAUCACACUAACCUCAUACUUACUCUUUUCUGUGUUCAGUUCACACAAACCUCAUACUGACUCAUUUCUGUGUUCAGUUCACUCUCAUCUCAUACAUACACUUUUCUGUGUUCAGUUCACACUCACCUCAUACUGACUCUUUUUUGCGUUCACACUCACCUCAUAUUGACUCUUUUCUGUGUUCAGUUCACACAGGGGCACUUGGAAGGGAAGCACCACUGGGGCAGGGCGGGGCAAGGUCGCAGGGUAGCGGGAGCCUUUGCAGGGGAUGCAUCUAUGAUCAACAUCCAUGAAUUUAAUCAUUUACUACUCAAAUACAAAGAUUGGCCUGUUUGUAGUCACUUAGAAAAUCAAAUUUAAAUUAAGGCAUUUUUUACUUGAUUGAAGUUUUAAAGGCUUUAAUUCCAAACCUAAGAUACUGAUGAGAAGCAAACAGCAUAAAACCUGAACAGACUGCAAGUUUCUCUGUUAGGCUGUUCUGGUUUUAUUCUAUUUUGUUAUAGCAAUUUUCACUUUGCUUCUGAGUUGGAAAGGGUUAAGAUAAAUAAUAAUUCCUUGUUCCUACAUACUUUCAGUUAUGAACAAUAGCCAACAAGAGCUUGGCUGUAUUACCAAAAUAGCUUUUUGUGAAUUCUGUUUGUAUUUAACAAUAUGUUUGUUUAAUUAAUAAUGAUUGGUUGAAUACUAUUGUAAAUACUUAUAAAAUAAUUUCCAAAAAUUAUAAUGACGAAAAACCAUUUGUUAUUACUGCAAUAACCUUACCAACACCUUGACACAAAUUAUUUUGGUUCUACCACAAAUGUAUAUACAAUUUGCAUGUAAAAUAGCAGAAAUAUUUCAAUCUAUGCGCUUCCUAUUUUCUUAAAAAAUACAAAUUGUACUUACCACUUUCUUGAAACUUCUUUCAUAGGGCUGAAUAAACUACAUUAAUUUCUUUAUUUGUCUAAAGAAAACUAGUUGCAGGUUUCGGUAGAUUAGCAUACAUACAUUAAAAUAAGAACUAAAAUAAGCAUCUUUAUUCAAGACUACCACUCAAUAAAUAAAUGGAAUAAAGUCAAGUCACUAUGCCCUGAGGUAAAUGUGUAUAUGUAUACUAAAAGACAUAUCUAACAAAGUCAAUUGUGAGACUUGGAGAGCACUUCAUUUUUUUGAUUUGUUGGGGAUUUUUAUGUAUGUUUUACCUGAUUUGUGGGGGAUUUUCAUGUAUGUUUUACCUGAUUUGUUGGGGAUUUUCAUGUAAGUUUUACCUGAUUCGUCGGUGAUUUUCAUGUAUGUUUUACCUGAUAUGUUGGGAAUUUUCCUGUAUAUUUUACCUGAUUUGUUCGGGAUUUGCAUGUAUGUUUUACCUGAUUUGUUGAGGAUUUUCAUGCAUGUUUAACCUGAUUUGUUGGGGAUUUUCAUGUAUGUUUUACCUGAUUUGUUGGGGAUUUUCAUGCAUGUUGUACCUGAUUUGUUGGGGAUUUUCAUGUAUGUUUUACCCAAUUUGUUGGGGAUUUUCAUCUAUGUUUUACGUAAUUUGUUUGGAUUUUUCAUGUAUGUUUUACCUGAUUUGUUGGGGGAUUGUCAUGUAUGUUUUACCUGAUUUGUUGGGGGAUUGUCAUGUAUGUUUUACCUGAUUUGUUGGGGAUUUUCAUGCAUGCUGACAAUCCAGUAAUGGUCAGACUUUCCUUUUGCCUACAAAAACAGAAGCAAAACUAUUUAAAAAUAUGUUUACAAUUUGUUAAGUUGAAACAAGAUAUGUGUUUGUCAGAAACACUAUGUCCCCUUUUGCACCGCUUUGAAGCUAUAUAUUUGACCUUUGACCUUGAAGGAUGACCUUGACCUUUCAUCACUCAAAAUGUGCAGCUCCAUGAGAUACACAUGCAUGCCAAAUAUCAAGUUGCUAUCUUCAAUAUAGCAAAAGUAUUCAUUAAAUGAGCGAUUUUGACCUAUAUAUUUGACCUUUGACCGUGAAGGAUGACCUUUACCUUUCACCACUCAAAUUGUGCAGCUCCAUGAGAUACACAUGCAUGCCAAAUAUCAAGUUGCUAUCUUGAAUAUUGCAAAAGGUAUUACAAAUGUUAAAGUUGGGGCAAACAAACACACAAACCAACAGACAGGGCAAAAACAAUAAUUAUCUCCCCCACAAAAGUGGUGGGGGACAUACAAAUGAUUUUAAAAUGUUUCAUUUUGAGUUAACUAUUUAUUAGUAUUUUCAUAAACAAUUACCCAUUUCAUUAUCUUGAAAUAAACAAUUUAUAAAGCUUAA